GCAGUGUGAGUGAGGGGUAAAUGGCUCAGAGAGUCCGCGGUGGAAAGCGACCUGAUCACUGCUCCGGGAGCCGAGGAACACACGCAGCAGCGCGCGGUGCGUAAAAGCUCUCCACGGUGCUGGACGCGCGGAGGACGCCAUCGACUCUCCGACGCGGGGCUUUUUUUGUUUGUUUGUGCGUGUGUUUGCGUGUGAACAACGAGGAUAUCUGAACUGGACAUGUGAGUUCCUGGAGUUUACAAGACAAGCAGCCUUUAUCCAAACAUGAAGUUCGUCGCCUGCGUCCUCGUCGCGCUGCUGUUGGUCCGAGCGAGUGCGGCACAGUCAGUUUGCCCCGGCACGGAGAACAAGCUCAGCACUCUGUCGGACCUGGACCAGCAGUACCGCACCCUGAAGAAGCUCUACGAGAACUGCGAGGUCGUCAUGGGCAACCUGGAGAUCACCAGCAUCGAUCGAAACCGCAACCUCUCCUUCCUCAAGUCAAUCAGAGAGGUGACGGGCUACGUGCUGGUGGCCCUGAACCAGUUCGACUACCUGCCGCUGGAGAACCUGCGCAUCGUCCGGGGCACCAAACUCUACGAGGGCCGCUACUCCCUCGCCAUCUUCCUCAACUACAGGCGGGACGGGUACUACGGCCUGAGGCAGCUGGGCCUCCGCAACCUCACAGAGAUCCUGAACGGGGGUGUUUACGUUGACCAGAACAAAUUCCUGUGCCACGCCGACACCAUCCAUUGGCGUGACAUUAUCAAGAACCCCCAGGCCGAGCUGCUGGUGGUUCCCUCCAACAACAGCAACCUGGGAUGCAGACGCUGUCAUCGCUCGUGUAACGGACGCUGCUGGGAUCAGGAAGACCAGUGUCAGACCCUGACAAAGACGGUGUGUGCAGAGCAGUGUGACGGUCGAUGCUUCGGGCCUUACGUCAGCGACUGCUGCCAUUGCGAGUGUGCCGGCGGCUGCUCGGGUCCCAAGGACACAGACUGCUUCGCUUGCACCAACUUCAACGACAGCGGCGCGUGUGUGACCCAGUGUCCUCAGCCGUUCGUGUACAACCCCACGUCCUUUCAGUUAGAGCACAACCCCAGAGCCAGGUACACGUACGGAGCCUUCUGCGUCAAGAAAUGUCCACAUAACUUCGUGGUGGACUACAGCUCCUGUGUCCGAGCGUGUCCCAGCAACAAGAUGGAGGUGGAGGAGAACCGCAUCAAGAUGUGCAUCCCCUGCACAGACAUCUGUCCCAAAGUGUGCGACGGCAUCGGGACGGGCAGCCUGCAGACGGCUCAGACCGUGGACGCCAGCAACAUCGAUCUGUUCGUCAACUGCACCAAGAUCAACGGGAACCUCAUCUUCCUCAUCACGGGCAUUAAAGGGGACAUGUAUCACGGUAUCGGACCUUUGGACCCUGAACGCCUCAACGCGUUCCGCACCGUGAAAGAGAUCACAGGUUUCCUCAACAUCCAGUCGUGGCCGGAGAACAUGACGGAUCUGAGUGUUUUCUCCAGCCUGGCGACCAUCGGAGGCCGAGCUCUCUACAGUGGAAGUGGUAUUUCUCUGCUGAUCCUGAAGCAGCGCUGGAUCUCCUCCCUCCAGUUCCAGUCGCUGGACGAGAUCAGCGCCGGGAACGUCUACAUCUUCAACAACAGCCGCCUGUGUUUCUACAACACCGUCAACUGGACGUCGCUCUUCAGGACGCCGAGCCAGAAGGUUCUGAUCCGCAACAACCGAGAUCCAAAAGAAUGCACUCAGCAGCGGAUGGUGUGUGACGGCAUGUGUUCGGACGACGGCUGCUGGGGCCCGGGGCCGGACCAGUGUCUCUCCUGUCGGUACUUCAGACGAGGCCGCACCUGCGUGGAGUCCUGCAGCCUCUUCGAAGGGGAAGUGCGGGAGUUCGCCAACGGAUCUGUGUGUCUGGAGUGCGAUAGCCAGUGUGAGCAGAUGGAUGGGAACACCAUGACAUGUCUCGGACAGGGCCCGGACCAGUGCGUGAAAUGUCUCCACUUCAAAGAUGGACCCAACUGCGUGGAGAAGUGCCCCGACGGGCUGCAGGGAGCCAACAGUUUCAUCUUCAAAUACGCCAAGGCCAACAACGAGUGUCAUCCCUGCCACGCCAACUGCACCCAGGGGUGCAUCGGACACAGGCUCCAAGAUUGUGUGGGGAUGAUGGACAGGACGCCGCUAAUAGCAGCCGGCAUCAUCGGAGGUCUGUUCAUCAUCGUCAUCCUGGGGCUCAGCGUCGCCGUGUACGUUCGCCGCAAGAGCAUCAAGAAGAAGAGGGCCUUGAGGCGGUUCCUGGAGACGGAGCUGGUGGAGCCCCUGACCCCCAGUGGAACGGCCCCUAACCAGGCUCAGCUGCGGAUCCUGAAGGAGACGGAGCUGAAGAGGGUCAAGAUCCUGGGCUCAGGAGCUUUUGGGACCGUCUACAAGGGCAUCUGGGUCCCAGAGGGGGAGACGGUGAAAAUCCCCGUGGCCAUUAAAAUCCUCAACGAGACCACGGGACCCAAAGCCAACGUGGAGUUCAUGGACGAGGCCCUGAUCAUGGCCAGCAUGGAGCACCCCCACCUGGUGCGUCUGCUGGGCGUCUGCCUGAGCCCCACCAUCCAGCUGGUCACCCAGCUCAUGCCCCACGGCUGCCUGCUCGACUACGUGCACGAGCACAAGGACAACAUCGGCUCGCAGCUGCUGCUCAACUGGUGCGUCCAAAUCGCCAAGGGGAUGAUGUACCUGGAGGAGCGGAGGCUGGUCCACCGGGACCUGGCCGCCCGCAACGUGCUGGUGAAGUCGCCCAAUCACAUCAAGAUCACCGACUUCGGCCUGGCGCGGCUGCUGGACGCCGACGAGAAGGAGUACAACGCAGACGGGGGCAAGAUGCCCAUUAAGUGGAUGGCUCUGGAGUGUAUUCACUACAGGAAGUUCACCCAUCAGAGUGACGUGUGGAGUUAUGGCGUGACCAUCUGGGAGCUGAUGACAUUUGGCGGCAAACCGUACGACGGCAUCCCCACGAGAGAAAUCCCCGACAUCCUGGAGAAAGGGGAGCGCCUGCCGCAGCCGCCCAUUUGCACCAUCGACGUCUACAUGGUCAUGGUCAAAUGCUGGAUGAUUGAUGCAGACAGCAGGCCCAAGUUCAAAGAGCUGGCUGCGGAGUUCUGCAGGAUGGCCCGUGACCCCCAGCGGUACCUGGUCAUCCAGGGAGACGACCGGAUGAAGCUGCCCAGCCCCAACGACAGCAAGUUCUUCCAGAGCCUCCUGGACGAGGAGGAUCUGAACGACCUGAUGGACGCUGAGGAGUACCUGGUGCCUCGAGGCUUCAACAUGGCUCCUCAGGCGUACAACACCCGGCCUCGGGUUGACUCCAACAGAAACCAGUUUGGCUAUCGAGACGGCGGUCCAAUCCCCGCAGAGGGCCCCGUGGCGGGCGCCCAAGCCGGUGUGAACCAGGAGGCGGCGGGUGGCUCGGCUUCAGCCCUGGAGGACCAGCGCUGCAACGGGAGCCUGCAUAAAAAGAGCCUGAGCCAGACCGGGGGCGAGGACAGCGGCGGCCAGAGGUACAGCGCUGACCCCACCAUCUUCCUCGGGGAGAGGACGUCCAGAGGGGACACGGACGAGGACGGAUACAUGACGCCGAUGAAGGACAAGAGCUCCUCAGAAUACCUGAAUCCCAUCGAGGAGAACCCGUUUGUCUCGCGGCGUAAAAACGGCGAGAUCCACGCCCUGGACAACCCGGGCUACCACAGCACACCCAACAGUCAGCCCAAAGGAGAGGACGAGUACAUUAACGAGCCCCUCUACCUGAACACCUUCCACAGCCCGGCCGAGCUGGGCCUGGAAGCUCUGAGGAGGAACGGCCUCCCUCUUCCCAACCAGCCUCCGUCCAUCUCAGCCACCACCUCAGGCUCCCACCUCCCCCUCACCAUCCAGACCAGCCUGCCGCACUACCCCCUCCCCUCGGCGCAGCCCUCUCCAUCUGGCUUGUCUUGCCUCCACGGCCCACCGGCCCACAUCCUCCACGCCCACCACAUCGUCAAACCUGCAGGACAACCUGGUGGCGUCUCCGCCGCGCCGAGCCAAACGGGAGCGUCUGCCCAGUCCCAGUUGUGCCAGUCCAUCGCCCUGUCCGCCGCGGCCACGCUCGGGCACAGCAGCCUGCCGGCGUACCAGGGCCACGGAGCCACGCACCCCGCCAGCAUGAUGAAGCACGGAGGACACAUGUCAGCAGGUAAAACCAGCGGGAAGAAGCUCAAGGUGACCUUUGACAAUCCAGAAUACUGGCAGCACAGCUUGCCUCCCAAACCCUCGAACCAGGCGGGCCCUGACGGCGCCCAGGGGGGUUCCACCAACGCCAAACUCUUCUACAAGCAGAACGGACACAUACGGCCGGGGGUGGCCGAGAACCCUGAAUACAUGACGGAGUUCUCCCUGAAAGCCGGCACCGUCCUGCCCCCUCCUCCGUACCGGCAGCGGAACACUGUGGUCUAGAUCGAUUCCACGUGACGAACCUGUGUUCCGUAAUCUGCCUCCAGCCUCCAACAACCCCGACAUCCUCUCCGGCUCCACCGUCCCACUCAGAGCGGAGCGCCACGCAACCAGAGCCGCCGCCCGACUCGUUUCAAACAGUGCCAUCUGCCGUCGACUGUAGCAACAUCAGGAGGAGGUGGAACCGAGCAGACCCAACCCACACGGCUUCACCAGAUCCAGUCCAUUUCCGUUCUGUAGAUAGAGACUCCGAGUCACCGAGGACGUGAGGGUGAAUCCCAGGCACGUGACCGCCACACAGCGGCGGACGCUAAGUGUCGUGUUGUCCUGGAUUCAACUACGGACCUGAACUCACUGCCAGCCACUGUGGUGUCACAUUCAUCAGAGGAAACAGACCUUUUCUUAUUUCCUGUUCACCGGUGUAAAGAUCUGAGACCGAACCUUGUUCUGUUCCGUUCUCCGUCACACGUCUGGUUCUGGUUUAGUGAAUGAAAACAGACGACUCCAGGAAGCAUCAAUGACUUUUUUGCAGAUAACACUGUUGGUUCUUGAAUUUAGCAUCAAAACUCACCUCGUGUUUCUACUGUAACUGUGAUUCUGUGACGGCCAACACUACAGUGAUCUCUCCUCUGCUGUUCGUGACGUGUAACGUGCCCGAAAUAACCCACGCAGGACGAACGCCAUCUCCGCUCGACUCGGAAAACUGACCACAAACAGCUUUUCAGAGCCAAAGGGUGGGAGGGGGAAAUACACUGUAAACAUUUUUCUAUGUACACUGGUCGCAGGGGGGGGAGGAGAGAGAUUUUUAUACACUGGGUAGUGAGGGAAGCUGCUGUAUCCGAGUGACGACAGAGGGAGGGAGAAUCCACGAAGACGGCACCAGCACAGAGAAAACACACUACUAAUGUGUGUGUGUCAGUGUGAAUGUGCAUGUUGUGUGUGUGUGUCCAGACCUGCACAAUAUUAAACCAUUAUUAUUAUUAUGAUAAUCACCAACAGAGGUCGAGACCAACGUCCGUGUUGUCAUUAGAGCAAAUGGCGUCAAAAAGAUGUCGGCGUUCGUAUCCCAGAUAAUUCAGCUUCGUCUUUGUAGAACAGGAGGAAGAAGAGACGCGUCGUCCAUCUUUAUUUAUAGUGUUUGAGUCUAAUGCAGAAAGUAUGAGGUUUACUCUGAAGAGAUUUAAACUAAAAACGUCUUGUUGCUGAAUCACCGAGAGAAGAUCUUAACGUUACUUCUCCAAGUGCAGCUGUAAGUUUCGUGGAGUUUAGUCACUUGUUCGACCGAGUUUCAGUCUGGACCCAACGUCUCUUCCUCUCUGCUCAGCCUCUGAUUGGCCCUUUCCUCUCCAGACAGACGCUCCCCCCCCUCACUAGUGAUGCCUCUGCGGGCGAGCUGCCAGUCAAUGCUGCUAAAGGAGCUGGUGUCACAGCCAUUAUUUCCUCCGCCAAGCCAUACACCUGACGCUCAGACGGCCAGAUGAACGGCCUCAGAACCUCUGGAACCCUGAGCGAGUUUUACACUUUCCAGCCAUUAUCUGCAAAGCGUGGUCGCUGCUCUGACGCCUCUUCAUCAUCUCGCUGUGGCCGAGCUGUUUCCUCUUGUAGGAUUAUUCACUUUUGUGUAUUUUUAAUGUGUGUUCGUCUGUGUGUGUGUGUGUGUGUCUGCUUGUCCUCCCCAUCGAGCACUUUGAUCAAACUCGCUGGUAGAAAGGAAAAACACUUCCGCCCUUCGUUACUGAAAUAUUCAACUUGUUUAUCCGGCGUUCAGCACGUCCGACGCUGCAGCAGGAGUCGGAGGAAGGUGCUGCGGCCGGGGAUCGGCACGAGGACACACCUUCAAGGUGGUGCUGACCAGUUUCCACCGUGUCCUUGUGGGUUCAAACAGUAUUUACAAUGCUGCUUUGAUGGUGUCAUGAUUAUUUGAUGAAGCAGUAUUUUGUAGUCCCUUCUGCAGCUCUAAUUCAGCGCAAUGGAGACGGCAUUUAAUAUGAGUGUGAAAUAUUUAUAGCGUGUUUGAGCUUGUUUAUACUGAUGGAAGCCGCUGCAGAAUCUGGGUUUCAAGUCAGAGAGCAGCAGGAAGGGACGCAGCACGUGGCUGUUUGUCCCCCGUCCGCCCUGAGUCACGCCGCGGACCGGGCCAGACGCUGCGUCGGGAUCAGGAGUAGAUUAAAAACACUGACGGGGCCGACGUGCUCGCGUGUUCUCCAGAGGACGCCUGCGCUUUUAAUCGAAUCCCAUCAAGUUUGUCAGGUAUUGUUUUUGUCAUCCGAAGGCCUCGGGUGUUUUUUUGAAGUUGUUUUUCCUCUUUCUCGAAGCAAUCAUUCUCCCCUCUCGACUGUGUAAUCUCAUUUCUGGUUUAGAAACAUGUUUUUGCCUCGGAUCCGGGCCGUCUGUGUCACCUGCUGCUAUUCGUCUCAGCCCCAGACUCUCAACUGUCUGUUGGUGGCAGCUCGAGAGCAACUGGUGUUUGAGACCCAUCACUUUUUAAUCCUUGUGUUGUUUCGAGUGGUUUCCUCUCGGGGCGCUGUAGCCGCGUGGACGUGAAUCCUUCGAUGUGGCCGUCGAGGCUGCGGCAGACGUUUUACUGUACAGUUCAUUCUCACCUUGCAUGGUACCCAAAGUGUUUUACUGCCCUCCACCUUUGUAUCUCCUCAUUUAUGACCACAUAUUUAAAGUUCUGGAUAUUUUUACUGAAAUCACAGCACAAUCCGGUUUGUUUUUGUGUAUAAUAUCCUAUAUAUAGUCUCUUUAGCGUUGAGUUUCUUCUUUUCCAUGUAAUCAAGGAUGUUUUUCUUGAAAGAAAAAGACUUGAAUCGACCUGUUUUUUCCACUGACGUGUUGUUACUGUACUUUGUGUUCACAUCUUAAUCGCACAAAUCAUGGACGCCCUCCACAUCGCCCGUGUUUAAAGAUCCAAUCAGUGUAAAUGUACAGAAUCUUUGGGAUUUCCUCCAAAAUUUAUCUAACGACACUUCAACAACAAAUGUGAAUAGUAUUUUUAUAAAACACUGAAAUGGCCGACGUGGUGAAUUUGUAAAUAAGGAGGCGAUGCGUUUGAAUUUAUAUGGUCCUGCUGUUUUCUCCUGCUCAUAACAACCUGUACAAAGACACACAGGAACAGAGCUGUACAUACAUUUAUGUAAGUGUACCUUUUGACUAAUGGGGAUUUGAUUUUCAAAGUGCUUGUUUACCCAUCCUCAUGUGAAUCUGCGUGCGGCGCCGGCUUCGUGGCGUCCUCGUGUGGCGUCCGGGGGAAGGCGGCCGGGGGGGCCGGUUCACGUCACCUCCUCAUUCCCACUUUGUUUUGUCAGUGACGAGAUCUCCUAUUGUCCUCGUUCUCUCACCGCACCUGAAACCAGUGCUGCCAACUCACCCAGAUACUGUUUCACCUUCUUUCUACUGGAAGUAUUACUGAGCCAAGUCCGACCUCCUCCGCCUCUUUUCCUGAAAGGCAGAGCACAGCCUUUACAACUCCUUUUCACCUGGUUUCUGAUUUGCAUGCUGUCGGAGGAGAGGGCGUCUCCGCUGGCGCCUCCUCCUCCUCCUCCUCCUCCUCCUCCUCCUCCUCCUCGUUAGCUUACCACACUCGUCCCCUUAUCUACUGUAUCUCCUGAGUUCUUUGAAACCAUACCCAAAGCUUUAUAUCAUAGAAAAACCGUUCCUCAUGUUUGUUACAUGAAUCUGUCAAAAGUAUAUUUUUAAUUUAAUAUAAAUAAAGAUUGAUUCGGUAUAA